AUGACGACAGCAGCGGUAUUCGGCUGCACAGGAGCCGUCGGCUCUCAAAUUCUCGCCACUCUCCUUGCCUCAGACGCAUUCUCCUCCGUCAAAACAAUCUCACGAAGACUCCCGAAUGCUCAGUCCCCGAAGCUCCAAGCCCUCGAGGAAGGCGACACCUCCAAAUGGGGCGGCAUGAUCUCCUCCCUCUCCCCCAAACCAUCCGUGGUGUUCAACGCCGUCGGCACCACGAGAGCCGCAGCCGGCGGAAUCCAGAACCAGUGGAAGAUCGACCAUGAUCUGUGUAUAGAGAACGCCAAAGCGGCCAAGGAGGCGGAAGUAAAGACAUAUGUGUUCAUCUCCAGUGCCGGAACUAGGGGUUUCCUUGCUAGCCACGUACCGUACUCGAGAAUGAAGGUCGGCGUGGAGGACGCCAUCAAGGAGCUUGAUUUCGACCAUGCUAUCAUUCUGAGGCCGGGUAUGAUUCUCGGGAGGGAGAAGCCCAAAGCUCCGUUCUGGGAGAGUGUUGUCGGAAAUAUAAACAAGCUGGGGCAAGGGGUCCAGGAUAUGCUGGGCCAGGAUCAAACUACCAUUGGUAGGGCGGCCGUGAUGGCAGCUCGUAUGGCCGAAGAUGGAAAAGCACCGUCGAAAUACUGGGUUGUGGAACAGGCUGAUAUCGUCAAGUUUGGCAGGACUGAGUGGAAGGCGUAA